GUCCGAUCGUCUCCACCAUCCGGGCAUCAGGCACAGCCAAUGGCCAGUGAAAAAGCGAAUGCGAGAACGAAACGGUUGACGCGGCGUAGCUUAGGCUCCGAUCAGAUCAACUGUGAUCUAAGAUUAACCAUGCUCAGGAGAUCAAUGCAAUAAAUGCGAGGCAUCCCCAGAUCAUGGACCGAGAACAUUAGUAGGCAAAUGGGCGAUCGACGGUGUACGCCACGAUGAGUACCUCAUACGAGCUCUACCGGUACACCCCAUCGCUGGCCGCUGCCAUUCUCUUCAUCAUCUUGUUUAUCCUCAUCACAGCCUACCAUGUCUACCAAAUGGUCCAAGCGAGGGCCUGGUAUUUUACCUGUUUCAUACUAGGCGGGAUCUUUCAAAUCAUUGGGUACAUCGCCCGGGCAGUGGCACACAGCAACACCCAAAGUGUAUCGAUCUACGCCAUCCAAGCGAUUCUCAUCCUGCUCGCACCGCCUCUAUACGCCGCAACAAUCUACAUGACCCUCGGCCGACUCAUCGCCUACGUGGACGCCGAAAGUCUCAGCCUGGUCCCGAUCCGCUGGCUGACUAUGAUCUUCGUCACGGGCGACGUCUUAUCCUUCCUCAUGCAGGGCGCCGGCGGCGGCCUCAUGUCCACCGGAACCGCGAGCGGAAUGACCACCGGCGAAAACGUCAUCAUGGGCGGAUUAGCCAUCCAGCUCAUCUUCUUCAGCGUCUUCGUGGUAGUGGCCACUCUAUUCCAUUAUAGGAUUCACCGAAACCCUACCCAAAUAUCCCGAUCCACGAGCAUUGCGCGUAUGGGCUGGCGCACCGCGAAUUGGGAGACAACGAUGGUGGGGUUGUAUAUCGCCAGUAUACUCAUUCUGAUCCGGUCGGUGUUUCGCAUGAUUGAGUAUGCGGGGGGUAAUGAUGGGUAUAUUAUGAGUCACGAGGCGUUCAGUUAUAUUUUUGAUGCGAUGUUGAUGUUCUUUGCUAUGGUGGUUAUGAGUGUGCUGCAUCCGUCUAAGGUGUUGGGUUCGGUAGGUAAGGAGCAUAAGGUUGGGUCGACGGAGAGUGUGCAGUUACGGAGGGUGUAUUCUAAUGCAGCGUGAAUGCAUGGUGAUUAUGAAUACAGCUGGAAUAUUCAAAUUUCUCUCUUGGUAAUUGAAAGUAUCUCUUGGCACUAUCAAAAAGACUGGAUUUCGG